GAGAGAGUGAGAGAGAGAGAGAGAGAGGGAGAGAGAGAGGGAGCGCGAGCCACUAUCAUUCGUUCCUGACUCCACACGGGAACACACCAUCCCUGGAACACGGAAUCUGGCUGGGAACGGAGAAACGGGAACGCACUGGGACGGAAAAAACUGAGGAGAAUAAACAUUACCUGCCAUCUGUUGGUCUUCCUCACUCAUCUGUCAUCCACUGUCACUUUUUCUUUUGCUUUUUCUGAGGAGAACUUCUUCAGAGCCUCCAGUGAAAACACAUACAUAUAGAGAUAUAUCUAUAACAAUCCUAUACAUAUAUCAAUAUACAGUAUGCCUGUUUUCAUAAACAGCGUAUGGGGGACAGAACUGAGGAGAAGGAAGACACCUUGAUUUGUAAAACAAAAGCGUCAGGAGGACUGAAGACCAGCAGAUAUUCUUUUGAGAGGACAGAACGGUGUAAAACACUGAGAAUGACUUGUGGAAUACCUCCGAACUGUAGCGUGAGGCAUCUCUUCCUCGCUGGCAUCACGCAGCGUUCAGUGGGACAAAGAUCACGAAUAAGGCUUGAUUCCAACAGUGUCAUUUCUUCAGGCUUCUGAAUUGGAAUUCUACCAAGUGUUGCUUUCGUUUUUUUUCUGUUACUCGGGCCAUAAAACAAUUUGUCUCAGGGUUAGAUCCUCGAAUCUGGAGUCCCUCCAAAGGGGAGGAAUCUUGCUCGCUCUCACUCUCUCCUUGUAGUGAUGACAACGGAGAGCACGGUGUGUGCUGAAGUGGCGUGGAAAGCUCUCCGUCUCGUUCCCUGGUGAGGGCUGCUUUCCCUGUAUCAGCUUGCCGUUCUUCCAGGAGCCGGGCACCAACAAGUCAGCAUUAAACCUGCUCUAAACUUGGAGACAGAACUCUUUGCUCAGCAAACUUGCUUUCCUGGUUCACGUUAACUAAAGUCCGCUGGUUUAAUUGUCCCCAGUGGCACUGUUGCAUUCUGGGAUACGCAUUGUGGGAUUACUCAAAGAGGAUCAUGGCUGCCUCACACCUGGUUUUGAAUGUGUUGACUGCCAUUUUAGUGUUGAGCUACGUUUCUUACGGUCAGAAAUCCAACACUGCCAGCACAGGUGUGCAAGCCACCAAUCGGACGGCUUCUCCGUCUGGUGCCCCGGAGGUCACACUCGCGACCCCGGGAUCGGACUCAGACGAGAUCCCGUCGGCCGGGAGCCGCUGCUGGGGUUACUAUGAUGUAAUGGGCCAGUGGGAUCCUCCGUUUAACUGUAAUGCAGGAAUCUACCUGUUCUGCUGUGGCUCCUGCUACUAUCGAUUUUGCUGCCAGUUCAAGGUUCACAGUCUGGACCAGACGUCUUGUUCCAAUUACGACACGCCGGUGUGGGCCAACACUGGCAAGCCGGCGGCUCCGGUGACCGACGUCCAGGAGGAACCGGAUAGAGACCGCACUCAUAUGAUUGUCUACAUAAUAUGUGGAGUGGUGGCCAUCAUGGUGCUGGUUGGGAUCUUCACCAAACUGGGCCUGGAAAAAAGUCAAGGAGGACAGACGGACAUGACAAACUCCAGGGCCCUGACGGAACUGCUGAAGCAGCCAGGCGAACCGGGGGGUGUGGACAGAGGAGGAGGCCACCACCCUAUCGGAUCCAACGGCAUCUCUGGCAGGUCAAUGCGCACCAACAACGAGCAUAACCACCUGAAUAACGUCACGCUUCCUCCUUUGAGUCCCGCAAUGGCUCUGUCUCAGCCUCACAACAACCUGGGCUUCAACAAAUACUCCUCUCUCAAGACCAUGGAUACUACAGUAAGGGAUUACUACCCCAAGAGCUACCCCAUGAUGGAUUAUGCACAUCGCCAAUCCUCGCCUGCAACCUUCCAGCCCAUUGCUUUCCACCCAAAAGACAAACCCUUUCUUCCUCCUCCGGACAUCCAUACUCCUCUGGCCAUCACCAUAACAUCAGCUCAAGUCCCCAAGCCCAAGAUCUCUAAGACUAACACCCACCCGCUCACCUCGAGCUCUGCCUUCAAAGCUUGGGACCCCAACAAGAGCCAUGUCCAGCAUCAGGUCCCUCUCAUGAUGCAGCCACAGCCACCACUUUCACAACCAAACAGUCGGCGCCAGGCCUUCUCCAACAAGCGUCAGUUUAGCAUCGAGACUCUUCCUGAGUUGUUCACUCAGCCUCUGGGGUACGGACAGUCUCCGCACCUCCACCCAAAACACAAGGGACUGCCCACGAACAGCAAAACGGAAGUGACGGUCUGAGGGGAAAGGUCUGGAAAACAUACAAAAGAACACAAGAAAGCAUGAUUUCGAUUAGAUAACCGGACGUGAGAGCUUCUACAUGCACUUCAGUUAUAUUUAUAGAAAAUUUCCUCCUUGUAUUUGUUUUGGACUAGAUUUCUAUUCAUUGUACUAUAAUACAAAGAACUGAAGGGGAAAACGUUGCAUGGUCUUGAUUCCGAUUCUUGACGGGCCUUGAAUCCCUGGUGAUCCCACCUCCCCUCUAAAAUUCAGGCCUGUUGUUCUUCUACUGCUGGCCUUCAGAUGUCUCUUGUGGCCCAGACCCAUGUGUCCGUUAGCAAAAGGCAGGAGCCUUGCACCUCAGGAGCCUUCACACCCUUCUGGACAAGGCCAUUGUGCUGUCAGCUUCCAUCAGCCAAGAGCUGCCACACAGUGAGAUAUUAUUUCGACAAUUCUAGACCACUGAGGACAAAGAACGGCAAGGAAGCAUACGGAAGAGGACAGCAAAGAAACCAAGGUGCCCCGUGAGAGGGAAAGAGAGUUUCAAGUGAUGUCAAAGGGUUUGUUAUUUCAGGCAACGGAUAAGGGUCUAGGUGAAUUUGGCAAAGUCCAGUGUCCCUAGAACUCUUUACCUCAACACCUUCAUCAAAGAAUGCAUUCCAGCACUUGUCCAGGGAGCGAACCACCAACAUCAAGUCAUAGCUAUUCUGGCUGUUUCUAUUUCAAACUCUUGUUUGAGACACAGUGCAGGUAAAGACAAGGUCGAUAAACCAGUCUCUGUUACAGACAGACCUCAAGAGAGACAUUUCAGGGGACGACAGUCGCCUGCAGAGAUGAGGUGCCGUAGUGACGAAGGAGGUGAACAAAUUUGGCAAUGUCACAAGUAGCACUGCCAAAACAACUUUGCUGAAUUGAUCCAUGUGUAUCCUUUGCAAUAUCUGUCAGAAAGCCUGCUUCCUUCGAAUACUUCUGAAUGUAAAUAAUUAUCCUUUUGGUGAAAGCAAGAACCUCUUAGACAAAAUCUAGCGAAAUCUAGCAUGUAGCAGCAAUACCUACACCCUAUUGUAGCAUCCUAUUGCACAUGGCAUGGGAAAACAACAAAUCUGGUGGUGGGCAUCAGAUUUAAAAUGAAAAGUUUAGGUGUCUCGGGAGUUGCUCAAGGAAAAUGGUAGCAAUACUAGGCUUAUCCGUCCUCUUCUGCCUGGGGCCAAAUGACUGAUGGACACAGCUGUCAAACUCACUUUCUCUCUCUGCUGUUCCAAGCUGUUCCCAGCCAGGCGUUUGGCUGCCACACUGCCACAGAACAGCAGGGGGCGCUGUAAUUGAUGACGGCCUGCUUUUAAUACAGCAGAUCCAAAAUAUGUUUUCCCAUUCUGCAUUUUUUUCCUUGUCAAUCUUAUGUUUUGUUUGGUUUUUUCAUUGACAAAGGAUCCAGACGAUGAUUUAUGGUUCUUGCUCAAAGACAAAUGGCGAGAUCACAAAACUAAUUUAAAGGAGACCUGCAAAUAUGUCUGAUGGUAAUUUCUUGCUUCUUUACAUAACAAUAAAGCAUCUGUUUACCAAGCAAACAGUUGUGUCUAAAAAGUAGCACACUUUGUUGGAACAGCCUUGUGAGAUUUUACAGGCCAGUGACAUCUGAUGAACAAGCCACCUAGGGACAAUAAAAGAGUGUGAAAUGUUCAUCGGAACUGCUUGCAAAUAAAACAGCAGUAUUGCGAGAGGCAGAAAAGGAUUACUGAACUCAGAAGAAGGAGACAACGCACUUGUAAUGGUACAAAGCGUUCUUUUCUAAACACUAGAUCGCAUUACAGUCAUUGCAGUAUGUUACAGCAGUUGGGUCUGUAAUGAACUAUAAAGAAAGGAUGAAAAAAGAAAGAAACAAGUAGCUCUCUCUCUCUAUAUCCUCUAUAUCCUCACCAGCUUUAUUUUGGAGAUCAUUUUGACUUGUGGACCAACUCCAGGGAGAGCAGUUCCAAAAAUAUGACAACAAUUACAGUUACAGCAUGUUCCUGGAUGGCUAUUUCCAACCGUUGAACUGAUGGGAGGAUGUAUCAACAUGCUCUCUUGGGUCAGCAUCGAGUCAAACUAUCCUGAUCUACAGCGAUGCUUCGUUCUGUUUUGGUGGCAAUGGCUCCAGGGUGUCAUUGGGUUUCAGGGGCAAACCCUGGAGGACAGACAUGGCUGUCAGACUCUCCUGGCACAGAAAUGUCAAGUGAUGCCAAGGUGAGCCAGCUACACAGCCCUCUGCCUGAAAUGGAGCCACUUUGUCGACCGAGAGGUCAUGAAGUCUGUCUUUGAGUAAUACCGGAAAAGCGAAGAGCAGAUUUAGCUUUUGACAAAACCACAGUGUGAUCAAGAUCUCUGGCUAGAUCAUCUUAAAUCCUGAGUCAGAUGAGAUCGUCCAGGAAUAAACUUUUACCUGAACUCAAUAAAUCACUGGAUUGGCCAAUUAACUACUUAGUUCCACAGGUUAAGGACUAUAAAGUGAAAUCAAAACAUCUGUUACAGAGAAACACAAGGUGUAAAUAUCUACUUUCAAAUUCCUUCGGUGUGAAGAAUCGUUUCCAGUGGUUAUUUUAAACCACCCAAAUAAGCUGAAUGACUGUUGUUUCUGAUUUCUUCUUAAAACGAAAGCGUUCUACCUGUGAUGUGAAUGCCACCGGGUAGCAUUUUAUCUUUAGCAAUACAUGAUGUACUUUUUACUGUUUAUGUACUAUUUGCAAUGUCGUCUUUUUUGUACCGUAAGCGUAACUGGAAUCAAAGUCGAGCCUGCCGCAGUUGACAACCAUUUGACGGAGAUGAAGUGCUUCCGAAUUUUAACACCCUUUUCAUCUUCCUUACUAACUUAAAAGAUGUCUUGCCAUAUUUGAAGCUUGCGCUAUAUGUACAAAGCCUAUAAUUUUUAAAAGACGUAUUAUAACCAAUGCUUGAAUGACAUGUUAGUUGCCAGUCCAGAGACAUGUAAUAUGUAUAUUGGAGAAUCACAUUGUUCCCAUUUGUUUGGUGGCUCCAUUUGUUUGGUGGUAUGUUUGACCGAUCUUAUGCACUAUUUUAAGCUGUACCUUUUGUGUAUGUAUAAUUAGGAUGAAUUCUACUAAGGGCUUUAAAAGAGGUAUGUGCUCUUAAUUGGAGUUGCCCGUGUUCAACGUGGAAAGGGUUUGUUUUUCCCAGUGCAAUGACAGGGAGUACAGUAGCUUGUGUAGAAGCAGACAAAGCUUACUAGUUAUGCUCUGUCUUGCGAUCAAAAUCGUUUGUUUUACUCUUUAUCGCAAAGCAAAAAUGAUGUUCCAUCUUUGAGAAAACUGGACUUUUCUUGUUUAAACCCUGAAAAGAUAUGCAAAAACAUGUUAAGGACAUAUGAAAGCUCAUUACAGAAGUGAAAAAAGACAACUGCUCUAAGUCUGAGCUUACCAGCAUUAAAGGAAAUCUAAAGCCAGCUACAGCAAUUGCAGGUUGAUCCUAAUUAAAAGCCACUGGUUGCAUCAUUGAUAAAGAGAAUGACAGGAAGACUAAUUAGGCUUGUCUGUUGAUUUAAAGAAGGCCAGUUUUUUACAGCAACACUAGCGUUGAGAAAUAUCUCCUAUCAUGUUUCUUGUGUUUGACAUGUUUACUGAUUAUAUACUGUAUGCUUGUUUAUUCAUACGUCAGGGUUAAAAAAGCAAAAAGUUAAAUAUAUAAAUAUUGUGUAAAAAUGUAUGUAUAUGAUGUGAAUAUAAAGCAGCAUUAGUUCACAGCCUUUCACAAACUAAAGCUGAGGGUUUGACAUUGUAAACACAGUGUUUUGUGUAACUUUCCCAAAGGCUUUUCUAGGAGCAGCCAGCUCACGUUACCCCGUGUCUUAACUAGGUGCGUUGCGACACAUUUCCAAGUAAUUUAUUUGUCCAAAAUGCCACGCAAAUAUAGAAGUGACAGCUUGGUUUCUGGAAGGAUUUUUUCCCUAUGGUAUUUAACCAAACUAAACAACCAACUAAACAAAAGACUAAACUUCUUUUAAAGUGACUGAGUUCUCAAACUUCUCAUACUAGCAUUGCGAACAAUGUAAUAAAAUCAGCAAUCAGCAAACAGCAUACUUAAAACUUUAAUUACAUCUUUGUCGGAUGACUGAGAAUUUUACUUCCUUUUAACGUUGGGCUACCCAAAACAGUUCUGUAACAGAAGUCAUGCCUGAUUAGGAAGUAAAGUCUUUUUAUUCCUGUUAUACACAGCUCUCUGCCGUCAGCAUUCACUCUCUCUAUUCCACGCAUCCUAGACUCUUCAUUCUCAAUAGAUUUUCACACGGACUGUGACUGAACUGUUGGAGGUCACACAGUCUCUCCCCUUUCUGCUUUCUUAAUGCUAUUGGCCAUAAUACAUGCUUUAUUUGCAUAAAAUUGACCCUGCCUUACCUUACCUUUGUGGCAUCAAUAGUUGUUGUCACUUGUGCCACCCAUUAAUUGGCAAUUCUUGAUAAAAAGGAAAAGUGCGUAAAUCCAAACACUUUUCAUCUUUGUUAUCUAGAAACUGACAUAAAUAUACACACAGGGCCUGGAGAGGGGUGUAAGAAGUACUGAAAAUUUAUGCUUUAGUAUGGGUAGUGUGACAGUAUUUUACUAAUAUAAUAUUUGCAUUACAGUUCAAACAUUUUUUUUAAUAAAUCAAUAAAAAUAGUACUUUUGUACAGCAAGGACAUAUUCAAUUGUUCAAAAGUGACAGUAAAGACAUAUAAUCUUACAAAUGCUUUAAAUUAAUGUUCUUUUGAACUUAAUUGACCAAGAAACAAACAAAUAAACAAAAAAGUUUCUUGAGCACCAAAGGACCAUUAAUAAUCGUGUGAAGGAUCAUGUGACACUGAAGAAUAGAGUACUGAUGCGGAAAAUUAGCAUUGCCAUUACAGGAAUAAAUAAAUAAAAAUGAUUAAAUGUGUUAAUAAAACUGUUAUUUUAAAAUUGUACACUAAUUAGACAGAACCAGCAACUGGGUCAAAACAACCCAGUCAUAUUUUACCCGGCUUUUUUUUCUUUUGCGUAAUUAUAUUUUACAAUAUUACUGUUUUUUAUUGUAUUUUUCUUCAAAUAAAUGCAGCCUUGCAGACAAAAAGAGGCUAAAACAACAACAAAAUCUUACCUUUGAAGAGUAGUGUAAUUGUACUUAAAAGAUGUUUUCUCAGCUUUUGAAAUAGAUGAAAUGAGAUCUAGUUGUUAAAGUAACUGUUUUACUAAAGUAGCUGUUUAACUGCAGUUGCCUUCGCUCUCCCAAAUAUACAGGACACAUCAGAUGCUAAACUAAAAUCAAUAAGCUGAAACUCAGACUGCGCGCUGUGCAGACUGAACGUGCCGAGGCAAAUUCAUCUUCAUCAGUGAUUAUAAUAUAGACACAUGUUGUGGUGAUUGAUGAGACAUCUCUUUACAAGUAUAAAUGACCACAGUUUGACCAAUUACUGUACAUUUUACAUCAAAAUUGAUUUUAUUGAAUACAGUCUCUCGAGAUCCUCUGACCGUGGUAUGCCCUUUUAGUUCAGUCAAGCAGACGAAAUAAUACAUUCUCAAUAAAAGGAUAUAAAUGCAAUUGAUGACUAAUUAAUACUAGGCUUACUAUAUUAGCACACCGGACACCUACGUGAAACUGUUACAAGUAUGUUUCCAGAACGCUAAUUUUGUGAUAAAGCACACAAAAUAUUUCAAUACUUUAUACCCUUGCCUGCAGGAACCCUCAACUGCUGCACCAUGGCUGACAGUUUCAUUGAUUAUAAGCUAGUUUUGUCGCGUCACUUGCUCACAUUGUGGACCUGAUAUUACUGUAGUCUUUCUUUUUCUCUCCUUGCUUUUCCCUCUCUCUGUCACUGUCUCGUUUGUGUUUGUUCCUCCAUUUCUCUCUCUCUCGCUCUAUCUCGUCGGGACAGUGGGAGGCGUAAGACUUAGCUGUCAGUGAUAUCUAAGUUAAUAUGGGUCUCCUGAGGUUGGGGGGAGAGAGAGAAAUGCAGGAUAAUACAGUACAUGAUGAUGAAGAACUGUGGGUGGAGAGAGGAGAUCUGUCAUCCAAUCCUCUCGUUUCCACGGACUUCAUCUCUUUUGCUUGUCUAAUGCCCCAUUUCCAUAUCUGCCAUGCUUUUUUUCCCUUAAGUCUGGUUGCACUUUGAGGAGACGCUGAAUAAUUCACAGGAAUAAAAUUUAGAGGACGGUAAAAGAGGGAGACAGCCAGGGAAACACAGAGCAGUAGAGAGCACGUGAAAGAUCGGAGAUUCAAAAGCCAAGCUGAAACGCACCUGUUUUCGAGAAGACCCACAGUUUUUAGUCGUGUAUGAGUGUAAGCUGCACGUAUUAAAAGAUGUUUAUGGAUUGUUACAAAAGUCAUGUCUAGGAAGGUUUGGUUUGACUCUGAAGGAGUCUCCAUAAAUUCGCUUGAUGAGCAUGUGUUCUGCCCUGUGUUGACAUACUGCCUUGUUGAAACGGGAAGCUGAGGUUGGGCACAUUAAAAUCUCAAAAAUUAUUAUUAUUUUUUUUGUAUGUUUGGCUUUAGGGGAUAUUUUAGUCCUACAGAUCUGAUUGGACAAAAAACUCUUUAGUUCAGGAUGAGUCAUCAAUAUUUUUUCUCUUUUCUCAAUUUUUUUUUUUUUAUAUACUAGAAAUAAUUAGCCAACUUUUAGAAAUAAACCAGACACUGGUCAAUAGAUAGAUUGAAAAACAAACUGAUAAACUUUAGUUUGUUUUCAUUUUUUUCCCUUUUAAAGCUAUCUGUAAGCUGAUAAUCGAAAAUGGUGUAAUUUCAACUUAAAUAAAACAAAGAUACUUACUAACAUUCUAUAUAUUCCAUUUAAUAUUAACAGGACAUUAAAUAUUCAGAUCAUCUAAUAAAAACUACAAUUCCUCUGCUUCAGUGCAACAACUAAUGCAGCUUUCACGAUGGAAAGUGAUCUGUAAUGUUUUUUCUGUUAGGUCGGCAUGAGAGCAACCUUAUUCAAUAAAUGAGAAUUAUUACUAUGAAACCAAUUGUCACCGUAAGGAAUGAAAUGACUGAACUUAUGGUACAGCAAAUCUGAUGCUCAUGAUGACGAGGGCAAUGAUGGAGCGGAUGAUGACCCUGCUGACACAACGGCAAAGAAAAUGACAACUGUUUCUACGACACUAGUUGCAAUUUCCAAGGAACAAACGGACACAGUCCAACUGAUUUAAUGGCUUUUUAAGCAUCUGUUUCUAACAGAAAUAUUGUUAAGUGUUCUUUGUAUAAACUUGUUUAAAAAAUAAAAGGCAGAGUGAAACACUC